AUCUUAUACAGCUUGCUUUGUGAGAAACAUCUGAACUUUGCUCACGGAGAUAUUGCAGUUAGAAGAACCUCUUACAUGGGCCUCCCGCAGGGUUCAUGCUUGAGUCCACUUUUGUACAACUUUUACGUAAGUGACAUCGACAGUUGUCUCUCUGAAGGCUGCACUUUAAGACAACUUGCAGAUGAUGGCGUAGUAUCUGUAACAGGUGAUACUGAGUUACAUCUGCACAGACCUUUACAAGAUACUUUAGACAGAUUGUCUUCCUGGGCUUUGGGGCUUGGGAUCGAGUUCUCUCCAGAGAAAACGGAGUUAGUAGUUUUCUCUAAAAAACAUAGACCAGCUCAACCACAGCUCCAAUUUCUUGGCAGAACGAUCACUCAAUCGAGGUGUUUUAAGUAUCUUGGGGUUUGGUUUGAUUCCAAAUGUACCUGGAGAGCACACAUUGAGUAUCUGAAAGGAAAAUGCCAACAGAGAAUCAAUUUUCUCCGAUCAAUCACUGGCACCUGGUGGGGAGCCCAUCCAGAAGAUCUUUUAAAAUUGUAUCGAACAACUAUUCUUUCAGUGAUGGAAUAUGGUAGCUUCUGUUUCCAGUCGGCUGCCAAAACUCACCUCAUCAAACUCGAGCGUAUCCAAUACCGUUGUCUUCGCAUCGCUUUGGGCUGUAUGCCCUCAACGCACAACAUGAGUCUUGAAGUUUUGGCAGGAAUACUCCCUUUGAAAGAUCGAUACAAUCUACUAUCACUUCGGUUCCUCAUCAGGUGUGAGGUCAUGAACCCAUUGGUGAUCGUUAAUUUUGAAAGGUUACUAGAGCAAAAUCUUCAUACCAGAUUUAUGUCUAUAUACCAUGUCCUCAUGUCAAUGCAGGUAAACCCUUCUUCGUACUCUCCAACUCGUGUUUUCAGCCCAGACUACGAUAAUUCUUCUGUCCAGUUUGAUUUGUCUAUGCAGCAGGAUAUUCGUGGAAUCCCGGAUUCGCAUCGCCCACUUCUGAUUCCAAAAAUUUUCGAAGCUAAAUAUAGACACGUCGAUGCUGACAAAAUUUACUUUACCGAUGGGUCUCUAAUUGAGGAAUCAACGGGAUUUGGAGUUUUCAACGAAACAACUAGCGCCUCUUAUAACCUCCAGUCACCAUGCUCUGUAUAUAUAGCAGAGUUAGCUGCUAUUCACUGGGCCUUGGAGAGCAUCGCCUCACGGCCUGUUGGGCACUACUACAUUGUAACGGAUAGUCUAAGCUCAGUUGACGCAAUACACUCAAUACGACCGGGAAAGCACUCGCCGUUCUUCCUAGAGAAGAUACGGGAUAUUUUGAGUGCUUUAACAAGACGUCGCUUUUCAAUCACCUUUGUUUGGGUUCCCUCUCAUUGCUCGAUAGUGGGCAAUGAGAAGGCAGACUCUCUGGCAAAGGUGGGGGCGACGGAAGGCGACACGUAUCCACGUGAAAUCGUCUUCAACGAAUUCUACUUCUUGGUACGAGGGAACUCUCUUGUCAACUGGCAGCGCAAAUGGGACGAGGAUGAGGAUGGUCGGUGGCUCCACUCGAUUAUCCCAAAGACGCGGUACUCUAUCGUUUUGACAUUGCUGGCAGCAAUUUGUGUAGUUGCGGCCAAGGUUACCAUGACAUCGAGCAUAUUGUUUGGUCGUGUGAGGUCCAUCUUGUCGCCAGAACGAAUUUAAUAGACUCCCUUAGGGCCCGAGGAAAACCACCUAAUGUUCCAGUGAGAGAUGUACUAGCUGUGCUAGAUUUGGACUAUAUGUUAGAAAUCUACCUUUUUCUAAAAGCUAUCGAUCUUCGUCUAUAAUUUCUUUUUUAUUUUCAUAUUUCCCUUUCUAUCUUCCUUUCUCCUCUCACAAAGUGUUAAGUUAAGAAAUCAAUUGUAAACAACCAAAAUCGA